CUCUCCUUUUCUCCCUCUCUCCCAGGUGAUGCAGGUCGUCAAUGCGGAUGCCGUCGUGGUCAAGCUUAACUCUGGCGAGUACAAAACCAUCCACCUGUCCAGCAUCCGACCCCCCAGGAUCGAGGGCGAGGAGAAGAACAAAGACAAAGACAAGCGUUUCCGUCCCAUCUACGACAUCCCCUACAUGUUCGAGGCCCGCGAGUUCAUGAGGAAGAAGAUCAUUGGCAAGAAGGUAAGAGAACCACGCCCACAAGUCCCACUCAUGUAGAGCUGUAGUUGACUA